AUGACCUCUCAACAAAACAAACAAAUAAAUACAGGGCUGGAACUAGAUCAUCAAACUAAAAUAAUGAACGAUAUAAUUCAUAUUGAUGGAGAGAAUGGAGAGGACGAUGACAUAAAUGAAGGAUUUACAGAAAUUACAUACAAAAAACGGGGUUUUCAAAAAGACAAAGAGCUGAGGAAAAAGACCAUAGGAGUGAACGAAACAAAGGAUUUUGGAGUGGAGAAGAAGGUAUGGCUGUAUCUAUACAGACUGCAGCGUCAUGUCACCGAAGAUAAAAUCUUACAAUAUCUAAAAAACAUCACUCAUUUCAAAAAUGCUAAUAUCUACAUCAAAGAACUACCAACACCAAAAACACAAAAUAAAUGCUUUAUGUAUUAG